AUGAUCAGCGCCGUUCUCGUAUUCAAUAACUCCGGACAGCCCCGGCUGACAAAAUUCUACACUCAACUGGUACCUUUCCCUCUCUUCGUCCCCGUCCUCUUCCCCCACCAUCAGUUAAAGCUAGGCUCCUACGACGACAUCAGCGACACAGCCGUCCAGCAGCGCCUCAUCUCAGAAAUAUUCUCUCUCGUCUCCAACCGUCCCUCAGGAUCCUGCAACUUCCUCCCUCUCCCACCUCUACUCGCCAGCUCCGGCACCUCCCAUACCCCCUCCUCCGAACACAAUGACACGCCUUCCCUCGUAACAUACCGCCACUACGCAACCCUCUACUUCAUAAUAAUCUCUACGUCUACUGAAUCGCCUCUAGCCCUCAUCGAUCUCAUACAAGUCUAUGUAGAGGCGCUGGAUCGCCUGUUCGAGAAUGUAUGCGAGCUGGAUUUGAUAUUCAAUUUUGAGACGCUCCAUGCUGCGCUGAGUGAGAUGAUUGUUGGGGGUGUGGUCAUUGAGACACAGCUUGAUCGGGUAGUGGAAGGGGUAAAAGCCCAGGGGAAGGUUGCGAAGCGGCCGGUCAAUGAGGGAAGGGGCGCGGGUCCUUUAGGGAUGGGUGGGAAUUUUGCUUGGCCUGGCCGGUGA